ACCACCACCUCUCAAUUUUGAAUAUUAUAUUCAAAAUAAAAAAAAAUACCUUUGAAAGUAGGUAGCAAAAUUCCAUAUAUAGAUAGGAUGGGGAGAGGGAAAGUAGAGCUGAAGAGGAUCGAGAACAAGAUAAAUAGGCAAGUUACCUUCGCCAAGAGAAGAAAUGGAUUACUCAAAAAGGCCUACGAACUCUCUGUCCUCUGCGACGCCGAGGUUGCUCUCAUCAUCUUCUCCACCAAAGGCAAACUCUAUGAGUACUGCAGCACUUCUAGUAUGACCAAGGCGGUGGAGAGAUACCACAGAUGUAGCUACGAUCAAACUGAAGCAAAUCAAUCUCCCAAUAAUGACCAGAAUACUUAUGAAGAGUAUCUGAAGCUUAAGGAAAGAGUUGAGGCUCUACAACAAUCUCAGAGGCAUAUUUUAGGGGAAGAUUUGGCAGAGUUGGGAAUAAACGAGCUUGAUCAACUUGAACAUAUCUUAGAUGGAACGUUGAAACAAACACGGUCCAGGAAGAAUCACAGUUUGUAUGAUAAGCUUUCUGAUCUUCAGCAAAAGGAAAGAAGUUUAUUGGAGCUUAAUGCUGCUUUGAUGAAUAAGCAGCUUGAAGGAAAUAGUACACCACUUGAAUCAACAUGGCAAUUACAACACGAGCCUAACGCACAAUACCAGCAACCUUACUUUCUUGAUCCCAACAACACACCAGAAAUCCGCAGAUAUGACUCGGUUGUAGAAGCAGAUAACGUGAGAGAUAAUGGAAAUGGUAUGAUGACGUGGGAAUGGAUGCAAUGAAUAUCUAUCUCUAUAUAUGAAAACUACUUGUCUUAUUAAUAAUAAGACCAAAAUUUGAUCUUAUAUAUAUUCAAUGUGGUAUAUUAUUAUAAAUGUUUUGUUUCUGUAAGAUUCUAAAUUAUAUACAUCUAAUAUAAUGUGGAAGACUGUAAUAUUUAGGUCGUUAUGGGUUGAAAUCUGUUAUUUGUUGGUUUCACGAAUAUCCUUUUUUUGA